AUGAAAAUAAAUGUCUAUGAAGAUAAAGAAAAGGCUUCGGCCGAAGCAGCUCUUUAUAUUGUCCAAAGAAUCAAUAAAUUCAAACCAACCAAGAAAAGACCUUUCGUUUUGGGCUUGACUGCUGGUUCUUUGCUCGACGAUGUGUACAAAAACUUGGUCAAAUUGUAUCAAUAUGGCAAAGUAUCUUUUGAAAAUGUUGUGACAUUCAAUACUGACGAAUAUUGCAUCAAAAAAUAUCAUCCAAAUUCAAACUACUCAUACAUGUAUCACAAAUUUUUCAACCACGUCAAUAUACCCAAAGGAAACAUCAAUCUUUUGUACCCUGAUCCUAACUACUACAAUGUGGAAUGCGAAAAAUAUGGGAAAAAAGUGAACCAAAAAAGAAUCAAUCUAGUUUUGACAGUGUUGGGUAAUGAUGGCGAAUUGGCAUUUAAUGAUAGUGGUUCAACCAUCUAUUCCAAAACAAGAAAAGUCAAAUUGUCCAAAUCCAUAAUCGAAGAAAACUCCAAACUUUGGAACUAUGACUUGAAGAAAGUCCCUGUGUAUGGUUUGACGGUUGGUAUUUCAACAUUUGUUGAAAACACAGACGAAGUGUUGAUGUUUUCUUUUGGAGAGAAAAAAAAUAUGGCAUUAAAACAAGUUGUCAAGGGCAAAAUAAGUCCAAACUACCCUUCGACGUAUUUACAACACCACAGAAAAUGUACCAUAUACGCUGAUUUUGAUUCUAUACUAGAAAAUGAAUUUAAAAUCAAUCCUCGAUUGUAA